AUGAUGGUUUUGCUAAUAGUGAGCUUUUGUAUUAUGUUCUUGCAGGUUCAUUCAAUCACCUUGGUUUUGGUCUGGCUAUCAUGCAUGCUCUCAUGUGCUUUAAGUUCUACUACUAAUUCAAGAGUCAGUCUUGCAUCAACCACCAUUUUCAACGUGAUGAAAUAUGGUGCUAGAGGAGAUGGAAGAACCGACGAUUCACAGGCUUUUACAAAUGCAUGGAAGGCGGCAUGCAAUUCACUACCAAAUGCUAAGAGUUUAUUAGUCAUACCGAAAGGGAGGACAUUCAUGUUGAAGCCUAUUACUUUUGGUGGUCCAUGCAAGCCUUCACGAAUCUUCGUUCAGGUAUCAGGAAACAUUGUUGGCCCAACCCAGAAAACGGACUGGCUUGGCCAUCACUAUGAUGUGUGGCUUUUAUUUGAAAGGGUGAAUGGUCUAACAGUGAGUGGAAGUGGACGAAUAGAUGGUCAAGGUCCCAUUUGGUGGAAAAAUGCCUGCAUUACGACUCACGUUCCAGGUACAACUUGUCAUGCACCAGUGGCCAUGCAAUUCAAAAGAUGCAAUAGCUUGCGACUCAAUGGUUUAACACAUGUAAACAGCCCACGUGUUCAUCUCACUUUUACUACUUGUAAUGGUGCCAUUGUAUCUAAUCUAAAAAUCAUAGCCCCUGAAACAAGCCCGAAUACCGAUGGCAUUAAUAUAGAGACCUCUACCAAUAUCAAUAUACGUGACUCAAUCAUUGCAACAGGAGACGACUGUAUUGCUAUUGGUGGAGGUUCAUCUAAUAUCAAAAUAAGUGGUAUCAUGUGCGGGCCAGGCCAUGGGAUAAGCAUUGGAGCCUUAGCAGGAACUGAUGUGGUGGAAAAUGUAGAUGUCCGCAACUGUACCAUGAGAAAAACCUUAACUGGAGUAAGGAUCAAAAGUUGGCAGGGAGCGUUUGGUCAUGCUAGGAAAAUCUCAUUUACAGGCAUCAAGUUUGAUGCAGUCAACAACCCGAUCAUAAUUGACCAAUACUAUUGUCCCAGUAUAAAGAGUUGUCCACUCUCUACAUUGGCUACGAAGUUGAGUGACAUCACUUUUAGAGGAAUAUCAGGGACGUCAAGCAUGGACAAUGUAAUAAAUCUAAGUUGCAGUAAAACUGUUGCAUGCACAAACAUUGUGUUGGAUAGCGUGUAUAUUAAGUCAGCAAUUCCGGGAAGAAAAGUUUAUGGAACCUGUAUCAACGCCCAUGGAAGAGCUAGCCAUGUUAAACCUUCUCUAAAUUGCCUAAAACCUUAGAGCAGUACUUAUACGGCUCAUUCAUGGUGUAGCCCCACAUUUCUUUUACCCUGAUAGCUGUUGAAUCAUAUUUAUGCUUACUUUACCCAUUUGUAAUA